GCCAUUUUGAUUAAGGCGGUCCACAGACAGCAGGCACCUACCACGUUUUGUUUAAUGCUCGCCUAUGUAUGCUGAGCUAGUAGUGGAGUGUGCAGUACAUUUUACAGAUCUACUGGUGUUUUACAUUCCAUCUGCUGGACGUAUUUAAAAGCCAUGGCCGAACCGAUACGUGCGUUGUGCGAUGAGCUUAUAAAGGCUGUGAAUGUGAUGAUGGAGGCAGAAUCAAGCCAAACAUACCGCCUGGAGGCCCUAAAGUUUAUUGAAGGUUUCAAAGAGAAAAGUCCCUUCUGUGUUGAAUGUGGUCUUCAGUUAGCGGAGAAAUCACAGACUGCAGUGGUCAGACACUUUGGGCUGCAGAUACUGGAGCAUGUAGUCAAGUUUAAGUGGAAUGAUAUGGCACCACAAGAAAAGCUCCAGCUGAAAAACUGCACUAUGGGCCUGUUAUCAGAUGGUACACAUCCAAUUCUGCAAGAGGAAUGUCAUGUUAAGGACGCCCUCUCACGCAUAGUUGUUGAGAUGAUCAAGAGAGAGUGGCCGCAGCACUGGCCUGACAUGCUUAAGGAGAUGGAGGCCCUUACUGCUAUGGGGGAUGCUCAGACGGAACUUGUAAUGCUUGUCCUACUGCGGUUAGCUGAGGAUGUGAUCACAUUUCAGACAUUACCCACUCAAAGAAGGCGAGAUAUCCAGCACACCCUUACACAGAAUAUGGACAGUAUCUUCACCUUCCUGCUUGGCAUACUGCAGCUCCAUGUGAAUGAGUACAAGAAAUUGAAGUGCAUUGCUGGUCAGGAAUUGAAGGCAAAAGCUCACUGGCGAGUUGGUGUAGCCACUCUCAAUACUCUGGCUGGCUACAUUGAUUGGGUUGCUCUGGUCCACAUCACCAAUGACAACUGCCAUCUGUUGGAGAUCUUCUGCCUGUUGCUGAGUGAACCUGAGCUUCAGUUGGAAGCUGCAGAGUGUCUACUAAUUGCCAUUAGUAGGAAAGGAAAAUUAGAGGAAAGGAAACCAUUUAUGGUACUCUUUGAUGAAGUUGCCAUGAACUACAUCCUGUCUGCUGCACAGUCAGCAGGUGGUGCAGCUCUCUGUAACCAAUCAUCAGGCGGCAUUGUGGAAAGAAGAUACACUUUUUUGAAGAGGCUGUGUCAGGUUCUCUGUGCCCUGGGUAGCCAAAUCUGCUCUCUAGUGGGUUCCGAUAUUGAAGUACAAGUUCCUGUUAAUCUGGAUAAAUACAUGGAAGCUCUUUUUGCCUUCACUACUCAUCCUAGCCAGUUUCUGAGGUCGUCCACACAAAUGACCUGGGGAAACUUAUUCCGACAUGAAAUUUUAUCAAAGGAUCCUGUAGUUGGCCAGAUGGCGAUAAAAUAUUUAAGAGCGGCAAGGAUCAAUCUUGUUAAAACUGGAUUUCCCUCCAAGAAUGAUUGUCCAGGAUGUGAAUUCUCUAGAGUGGACUUUGAUAAUGAUGAAGAUUUCAACUGCUCCUUUAAUUCCUUCAGGGCUCAGCAGGGGGAAGCAGUUCGUCUGGCUUGUAAAAUUGUCCCAUUUGAGGCCUUCCAAAUUGCAAGGGAAUGGGUGCAGUCUCAGAUCUGCACACCUAUAGAUACUGGAAAUACAACAUCGGUUCAGUGGGAUGCCAUGACAUUCUUCACAGAAAGUGUGUUGGGACAGCUCUUCAAAAUUCUUGAAAAGGAGAAAAUUCCCAUAGAUGAGGGUAUGGAGCUGCUGCAGAUGGUUGUAAACUAUGAGACAAGAGAUCCUCUCAUUCUGUCCUGUGUUCUUACCAUCAUAUCCACUCUCUUUCCCUUCGUCACACACCAACCACACUUCCUGCCUCAAGUACUCUUUAAGAUAUUUCCUUCCAUCACAUUUGAAUUGGUUGAAGAAUGCAAGGCACCUCGAACACGAGCUGUUAAGAAUCUCAGAAGACAUGCCUGUUCUUCCAUCAUUAGGAUAUGUCGAGAUUAUUCAGAUUUUAUGCUGCCGUGCUUUGACAUGAUGUAUGAGCAUGUGAAAAGGUUGUUCUCCAAUGAGCUGCUGCUGACACAAAUGGAGAAGUGUGCUCUUAUGGAAGCCCUGAUAUUAAUCAGCAAUCAGUUCAAAGACUAUAACAAGCAGAAAGCCUUUCUGAAAGAACUCAUGGCACCUAUUACUGCAAAGUGGCUGUCAGAGGAGAUGAAGAGUGUGUUAUGGGACCCUGCUACCUUUUUGGCAUAUGUUGGUGCUGAUCAGGUGAUCAGUGACACUGACGCAGAGGAUCAGAUGGGUAUCAACAGGUCACGGAUUAGUUUUUGUGUGAACACCAUACUUGGGGUUGUAAAGCGUGCUCGUUGGCCAGCUGAUCCUGAGGAGGCAAAAGCAGGAGGCUUUGUGGUCAGCACAACCUCUGAUAGGGCCCCUGUCUACAGAAACCCUUGUGCGGAGCCCCUGCAGGCCUUGCUGCCUAACCUUUUUGCUCUCAUCAGGACCCAAAAUAGCUUGUUCUUGCCAGAGAACAUCAACCGGCUUAGCAAGACUUUUACAAGGGUCUAUGAUAUUAUGGAUGUGGAGAGGAAUUUUGCUUUAGGAAUUCCUCAACCACUUUUAGAUGCCUACGACUCUUCAGCAUACAGAAAUAUUGCUGAACGCAUGCAAGGCUUCUUCUCCUCACUCUAUGAUAACUGUUACCACGUGCUUGGGAAUGCAGGUCCCUGCAUGCAGCAAGACUUUUAUGCAAUAGAAGGCUUGGCAGAGAAGAUUGUUGGUUCUGCAUUUACCCAUCUAGACAGUGUUCCAGACCACAGGCUCCGUCCCUUAGUUCGUCUGUUCAUGAAGCAGCUGGUGAUGUCCUGUCCUCAUGAUUAUUAUGACAGCCUCCUCAAUCCUUUGCUGGGCCCACUGUUUACCUAUCUACUGCAGAGACUGAACUUUCGGUGGCAGAUCAUCAACCAACGGACCAGUCUGUGUGCUCAGGAGGAGGAUGAGGCCUACGAAGAGAACCAUGUAACUCAGGAAGUGGUGGAAGAGCAGCUGUUGCGGCUGGUCACACGAGAAGUCAUGGACCUUCUAAGUGUGACUUGCAUUACAAGAAAAUGUCCAGAGCUAUCUGCAAACAAAGAGGAAGUAGAUGGAGAUGAGGAGAUGGUGUCGAUGGACUCCUCACAGGGAAUUCAAAUGAAUACACCUUCAGAUGAGCUCUCAGAAUUGGGCAAGUGCCUUCUCCAGAGUGAGGAUAUAUAUAUGACUCUCCUGACUAUAUGUUUUAACUCCCUUUCCUGGAAAGACACUAUAAACUGUCAACGGUGUGCUAGUGUGCUUUGCUGGACUUUGCUAAAACAGGUGCUUGGCUGUAACCUUCUCCCGGACGCUGUGACGUGGCUCUACACCAGUGUACUGAAGGGUCUGCAGAUGCAUGGGCAGCAUGAAGGCUGCAAUGCUGCGCUAACUCAGCUGGCCUUGCUCAUCUACGAGUCUCUAAGGCCUCGAUACUCUGAGCUGCGUUUCAUCAUGAAUCAGAUCCCUGAUAUCCAUUUUGAGGCCCUGGAGCAGUUUGAUCAGAAGACCAUACAAUCCACUGUAUCAAAGGCAGGAGAGAAGAAAAAGAAGGAGCAGUUUAAAAGGCUCAUUGCAGGCACUGUUGGGAAACCCCUUGGACAGCAGUUUAAGAAGGAAGUACAUAUCCGAAAUCUUCCAUCUCUGUUUAAGAAGCCAAAGCCUACGAGAGAUAUGCUGGAGAACACUGAUACUGCAGGUCUGAUUACCCUAUUCUCUUCUGACCAUGACAAUUGCUGAGAGAAUCACAGUUUCACAAUACUCACUUCAUUGCCAUUGAACCUCCUCUGUGUAGUACAGUAUCCAUCUGAAAGGACUUUGUGGGGCAUGAAUAGUUUAUUGAAAUGAGGAAAGACAAGGACUUUUGUGUUUAAUGUUAUUUGGAUGUAUAUUUUUUUUCUCUUCUUUUGUAUGGUUUUUAGGCAACAUAUCUGUAUCAUUAUUUAAUGAAUAACAAAAAAUUGCUGUAAGAGCACCUCAUAAAAAAAAAACUAUUGAAAAAUAAAAACAAAUACCUUUUGAAAAAGUUAAAUGAGAAGUCUUGUUAAUUACAGUACCAUUGUCUUCUAUGGGUAUCUGAUACAGCGCUACAUUCCAUUAUGAUACAAUGGCCAAUUUUUGAACACAUUCAACACUAAUUGCCAUUUGACAUGUCUGUGUACAGAUCGUAUAAAAAGUGUUGUGAUUUAUACACUGCAGUUUUUAAUAAAUGUAUACUUGGACAGAUUACACUGGUUGUAUGGACUCUUUCUUAAGUUGUGAAAUGUAAAGAAUGUUGUAAUUUGCCAGAAGUGAAGGAGUAUUGACUGCAUCAAAUAUUUGCUUACUAUGACAAGCCUAUGUGUUUAUGUAUGUAUAUGCGUAGGUGUAAUUUGCAGGUGGAACAUGUCCCCACCACUUUUUGAAGCUAUUAAAAAAAAACAAAAAAAUAGGCCUUCAAGCCUUCUUUAGGAUUAGAAUUAUUUUCAUUUUAUAUAACAUAACACUAGUGUUAUGUUAUAUAAAAUUAAAAUAAUUCCAAUCCAUUGUUCUUCAUAAUUUGAUUCAUUCAUGUAACACAAAAUACAUUUGUGCUGUUCAGACAGGCCUGAUCUAUAAACCACAUAUUGGGAUUUAUAAACAAUAUGUUGCGUGUACAUAUAUAUAUUAUUGACAAUAUUUGAUGCUUUUGACAAUAUCUCUAGCUAUUGUCAAUACAUGAUAAUUGUCUUUCGAUGCACCCCGGUGUGGGUCCCCCCAGAGUUUGUGCCCUGUAUGCCCAUCCAGUACACCACAAGCUUUUGUGUUUAAGAUUUUGGUCUUACUACCCAUACCUAAGCAGUUUCAUUGAGAAAUUGACUGAAAGUCAUGCCAUAAUAAUUUUAUCUUUAGUCCCUCAGUGUGCAAGCCAAAGUUAACUGUGGCAUACUCUUUUAUAAUGGGGCAUGGUACCCUAGAAGGGUACAAAUGUGUUUCCAAGUUGAUGUUUUUGACACUGGUGUUGUAUUGCUGUAACCCGUUUCGUCAAACACAGAAUAUCAAUGCAAAUCCAGACUUUUCUACAAAAACCACAUUAUAUCAGAAAAGAUAGAUUUUAGGUGUGUGUGAUUUUUAUCCUUACUGCAGAUUACACUGUAAAGACUUUGAUGGCCUUUGCGAUAACGUACCUUUGUGUUCUCAGCACUUAUACUGGCAUAAAGAACAAUAUCGACAGACUGUCCACAGAGAACGAUUUAAGACUCAGGCUCUCUCCGAUACAGCCAAACAUCACAGUUAUCAUAUCAGACACACCCAUCUCAUUAAAUGGUAAUUUAUUUAAAAAAUAUACAGUAGGUUGCAUACAAAUUAUGUGUUUCGUAAAAGGUAGUCAUUUUACAAGGGUAUAUGUGUUACAUGUGCACUUUUUCAAAAUACUUUGCGCACAUUCUUCUGUGUACCACCCCCACUCCCCACUAGUCACAAUUAUUUCCUGGUCUGCUAUAAUAAAGUAAUGUCUGAUUAAUUAUAUGCAAUUUUAUUUGAUUGAAAUGCUUGUGUGUUUGUGUGUGU